AUGAUGGAUUCAGUGCCGGUCACGGCGUCGGGGUCGAUGACCCCGUCGCAGCAACAGCAGCAGCAGCAACAGCAACAGCAGGCGCAAAAGAAGGGGGUCUCGUUCGAGUUUUCGACCUCGCCGGAUCUGGAGACCGGAUUCGAGCCGCAGACCCGCGCGCGGUCCAACACAUGGCCGUUACCGCGGCCGGAAGGGUACGUGGACGGUAACGCGCCGGCCACGAAGGAGGGCGCCGAGGGCGGCACGCCGCCCCAUCAGGCGCAGCUCGCCCAGGGUCUGCUGCCGGUGAAGAAGAACUCAUCGAGGAGGAACGCAUGGGGGAAUCUGAGCUAUGCCGACCUCAUCACCCAGGCGAUCACCAGCGCGCCCGAUCAGCGGCUCACCCUCUCGCAGAUCUACGAGUGGAUGGUCCAGAACGUGUCCUACUUCAAGGACAAGGGUGACAACAACAGCAGUGCCGGUUGGAAGGUAAGUGAAUUUUCGCGUCGCUAUCUCUCUCUCUCUCUCUAAUUCUCGAGUUCGCGUUUAAUGCCUGCCUUCGAGGCAGACCGGCGUCGGGUUUGCCAAGAUCUAAUUUAAGUCACAACAUUGAGAUGCUUUUCCCGAAACGUGUCUUAGAUCAGGGACGUGAACCGCAACGAGAAACGCGCGUUCGCGUUCGCGCGCACUGCUUUAACGUUAAAUAUCUCGGUUUCUCAAGAGGCACAUUUCGAGACGCACGGGCAGAACUGCGUACACGUGUGUCU